AUGAAGUUUCAAUCAAUUAUCUUGUCUUUGACUAUCAGCUUGGCUUCCGUAAUUCAUGCUCGAGUUUGCACAACUUCUAGUGAAACUGGCAACAUAGGAGGUGAAUGUUAUGAUUUGGCCGACGGUACCAAUUUAGCUGAAGUUAUAUCCAUUAUUGCUGGUAUCCCAUACAACUUUUUCUCUGAACCCAACUGCGAAGGAACACCACUUAAUAGUGACACUGAUACCAUCAUCUUCAAUUCACCUUUUCCAUCUUUACCCCGCUCAAUCUUAAUAUGCUCAUCAAGGACAUAA